CGCGCUAUCUCAUACUAUCCUCAAUCUCAAGCAAGAUGUUGUGUCAGGAAUGUCACAAGAUAUUAGACGGUCAAGCUAACAUAUUACAUCCCUUCGCUGGCACUAACCCCGGGAAGCCCUUGUUCUACCAUCACCUCUUCGCUUAUUUGAUUGAAUUCGCAGCUCAAGGCGGUUGCGAGAUAUGCAAAAUCCUCUGGGACAGGUUGUCGGAUGCGGAAAGAGAGCUUGUGCGCCAAACCAAGAACCAACGCCUCCCGUGGCAUCCGUUGGCCGUCCUUCGAGGGCUAGCGAAACCGGAUCUGAGCUUUUACGGAUGGACCAUAUACAAAGCCUCCCCCAGCGACGGCUGUCAAGUGAGGUUCCAAUUCGGUAGUUGGGGUUCCAAAAUUAUUGAUAUAUUUUUCUUGCAAGCUAAUCGUACACUUGAGUUUGAAGCGCGGGGAGAGAUUUAUAAGCUUGCCAGCAUUGAAGAUCUUGUGGCAGAUGGACCUGCCACAGAGAGCAUGGAAUCCCCCAGCAAUUGGGAUUUAAUACGGUCUUGGGUCGACUCGUGCAGUCCAUCCCACGACAGGCAUGGGUGCUGCCACCAAUUUGUUGGCUUGGCAACUUCUGAAGUCCCUUCGAGAUUGAUUGAUGUAGGGGCGGGAGACACGGGUCAAGAAAUACGUUUGAGCUUGUUUCCUAAAGGAAGGGCGCCACUUCCAUACGUAACGCUCAGCUAUACGUGGGGUCAAAAUCCGUCUCUUGACCAAUUGCCCCUCCUAAGGAAGGGUACUCUUGAAACUUUCUCCCGAGGAAUUUCAUUCUCUACUCUUCCUCGCCUGUUUCAGGAUACAGUCGAAGCGAUGCGCAAACUGAAAUAUCGCUAUCUCUGGAUCGAUGCAUUCUGUAUUAUACAGGAUGACAUACGAGACUGGCAACGAGAAGCAGCUGUUAUGGGUCAGAUCUACCGAAAAUCAGUCCUGAACAUAGCCGCUGGUGGGGCAAAAAACAGCCAUUCACCACUUCUCGGCGAGAGAGACGCUUCAUUUGUUCAAGCUUGUAAGGUUGAACUCAACUGGCCUAAGAUCUCUAGCAAGAUCUCUAGCUUCUACGACCGGAUGGAGGCUCGAGGUACCUUUUAUGUGUUUGGAAAGGACUUUCUGCAAGAGAAUAUCUUACGGACGCCGCUCAACCGCCGGGCCUGGGUGAUGCAAGAACGUAUGUUACCCCCCCGGGUCAUCCAUUUUGGAAAACACCAGCUCUUCUGGAGAUGUCAGAUGCACACUGCAUGUGAAACAUUUCCGAAGGGAAUACCAGAGGCAACAGGUUCAGCUGCUUUCAGUCAAUCGGCCUACGGCGUGGACUUUCAACAUUUGAGUUGCACGCGGGGCCUCCUUGAAGAUCUCUGGUUCCAAGUUAUUGAAAACUAUUCAACUUACGGAAUCACCAGGGAGUCGGACAAGCUUAUUGCUCUAUCUGGCAUCGCACGGAUGUUUGGCGAGGAGGUGAAAGAGACAGACGACAAAUACAUUGCAGGCCUUUGGCAAAGCAAAUUCAUUCCAUCGUUGCUAUGGUUAGUUAGUGAUGGGAAGCAAGGCGAUGGCAGUCCCUCUCAGAGAUCCGCGGUAGGUGAAUCCAUGGACUAUAUAGCGCCAUCCUGGUCGUGGGCCUCCGUACGUGGCAAGAUAGAGCAUAUAUUACGGGACUUUAAGAUCUCUAAGGUCUACAACAAAUAUUCCCCUCUAAUAGACAUAUUGGAAAUAUCUGCUUCACCAACAAACAUAGAAAAUCCAUACGGCCAGGUUCACGCAUGCUACAUCAGACUUCGGGGGACGUUGCUUUCGAGCCAUCGGUUCUUCUGGAGCCGGUACGGGCUUUUCGAGACGCAAUCAGAGAAGAAAUAUAACGUCUUGUACGCUUUUACUGGAUUUCUUCAGAACGUUGUGGUCUGCGUCAUUGACGACAUGAACGAUUUCAAGCCUCGGAAGACGUUCCUGCCUUCUAUUCCGGGGCUGCUCAGCCCUCCAGAUGUCAACUUUCUGCCUUUCGUCUGGAGACCGGAUAAUGAAGACUGGACUGGCAUCGCUGAUCUCGAGGGGCUUCUCAUUGCUCGGACCACUGGGAGAGACAAUGAAUAUAGGCGAGUUGGAUAUUUUAAGUCCCAAAAACAUGGUGGGAACAUAUCCGCCUUCCUCGGCCGGGAGCUUUCAGGGAUUUUCCUAAUUUAA